AAUUUAGUGUGGUGUUUUUGAAAAUGGUUGAAAUCACGCCUUUAGAGUCCAGAAUAAUUAGACAAGUCGAGUAUUACUUUGGAGAUGUAAAUCUGUCACGUGAUAAGUUCAUGAAAGAGGCUGUUAAAGAAAAUGACGGAUGGAUUCCUAUGGAGACAAUGAUUAAAUUUAACCGUCUAAAGUCUUUGUCAGAGGAUGUUGAGUUUAUAAAGAAGUCAGUAUCCAAGUCACAGUCCGGAUUGAUUGAAGUGGGCGAAAAAGGUCUACGAAGAAAUCCUGAGUUGAAAGUUCCUGAAACACUUGAAACAGCUCUUAACAGCUAUAAAGAAAAUGGUGUCUAUGUUAAAGGCUUCUGUCCUGAGGAAAAAUUGGACGAAAUUAUUGAAUGGCUUGAAAAACAUGGUGGCAAAACCCUUGAUGUGCAUAUGCGCAGAUUUCCACGAGACAAAAAGUUUAGGGGAAGUAUAUUUGCUAUUUUUGAGAAGAAGGAGGAUUCUGAAAAGUUCCUGGCCUCACCAGAAGCUGCUACUUUCAAAGAAAAAGCUAUGGUCCGUUCAACCCAAAUCGAUUAUUGGAAACGCAAAGAAGAAGAAAACAAGGCUAAAGUUGCUUCACAAGCCAAAAAGAAAGCUGCACUUGAAGCUAAUCAGGAGGCUCAAGUUAAUUCUCGAAUGAUUCGUGGAGCAUUACUUGAAAUUGUUGGUCUCCCAGAAGCCGCAAAAAAAAAUGAUGCAGUUGAAGGGGAAGACGCUACAACUGAAGAAUCAAAGGAGUCGUCAAUGAAUGGCAGUAAAGACUCAGAAGCACCAACAGUUAUGAACUUGAAACAGUGGUUAAACGAAAAGGUAAGGUAAUAUGGCGAACAUUUUGUUGUGUGGUGAAAAUUCGUUAUUUUGUUUGCUUAAAGGACUGCUGUUACGAAAUUAAGUCAAGCCCUUUGAACUUUUUCUCGGAGAGAGCUUAGGAUAUACAAAUGAUACUGUUUAUUAUGCUUUGUUUGGUUCAUAUUUAUCUUUUUGGAUCUUUUCACAGCUUGACUCAAGUACUCCUGUGGGAUGGAUUGAUAUCGAACCAUCUGAGGGAAAAGCUGUAAUACGAUUCAAACAACCUGAUACAGCAGAAAAAGCGUGGGCUAAAUUAAAAGAAGCAUUUGGUGAUAGUCCUGUCACUUAUUUAAACAGUGAAUUAUCGGGUCGCGUAAUUACUGGUAAUUGUCCAUAAAAUUAAUACCUUUAUUCAUACUGUGAACUACAUAUUUCGCUCAUAAGUAAUCAACUUAUGGAAUGGAGUGAAUUUGUCUUUCCACUAAUGAGCACAUGAAAUUUGCUAGAUAUUACGUCAUAUAAAAUCAUUUUAUACACAUUUUCCCCGUCAUUUGAUUUGUGUUAUUAACCUACUGAUGUUCGUCAAACUAAAAAAUCAGAAACAAUUUAUGCGGAUUUCAAUAAUUACCAUAUUACGUAGAUGUUUUUUUCCAGAGAUUGUGUAAAUAAAAUGACUCAAACUCAUAAUAACGACUAGAUUGAAGAUGUGAUCAGUCAGUUGGUACUGACUGACUGUGAUCAGCUCUAACGGAGCACAUUAAAAUUUCAUCUAGCUAUUGUUUACCAACUAAAAAAGACAAGUUAUAGUACAGUAAGUCCAAAUAAACUGGCAAAUAUAAUUUCGUAGCACAGCAAAUUAGUUUUCUAAGCUAUCUAGUUUACUUCACUAUUCUGGCAACUUUUUAAUAGACUGUUUUUGUUUUGGAAGGUGACGAAGAAAAGAAUCAGUGGAAAGUGAUCCUGGCAGCUCAGCAACAGAAAGCUCAGAAAAGACGUGGAGGACGUAGUGAUGGAAGACAAAUUCGUAACAAACGACGUCGUACGAACUAAGUAAAAUGGAACAGAUUGAGCUCCACUUACAACUUACUUCAUUACUGUAUAUUCAUUAAAAAUAAACUUCCCUUUUAAAUAUUUUCUUUCACACAAAUAAGAGAAGCUAUGUAAACAGCGAUCAUUUGUAAUGGAAAAUAUAUGUAUUUGGUUU